AGACGGGUUGACAACUCACUAUUAUCUGCCGGUAAAAUACACUAAAGUAACUGAAGACCAAGGGUGGUUAGAAUCCCGCGUCGAUGGGGGUUUUAGCGGUAAAUGUUCUGAUAUUGACUAUACUGACAUCCAAGCACAGUAUGAAGUAUGUCCCAAGGAGCAUAAGAGUUGCCACCAGGGUCGUUUUCUUUAACAUGGAAGAUUGUCGAGGUGGAAUUGGACCCAUGUGUGAUCAGGAGGCUCUCGCUAUUAAUGCCUAUGAGGGGAUAGUCUUUGUGCAUUUUGGAUUGGUGGCGUUGCGAGUUUCUCCGCAUACUCGGAUGUGGACUGUAUUAAUGAUUUUUUAUACGUAUAACGCGUCGCGUAUUUCGUACACGGCGUGCUAGGGCUAAGUCGUCCUUGGUAUAACAGAGGUAGGAAUUGACUCACUUGAACAUGGAAGAAAAAAAAGGAAAACACCGAGAGACGCCGAACUACU